AUGAUGGACGACGUCGCCGCGUCGUUGGCUUCAAUAGCGACAAGCACACUCGUCGCUAGCAGUCUCAACUCAUAUUCCGGCACCGCGCUCCCAACGCCCUCGGGCUCACAUUCGUUGUACUACCAUGGCUCCACUUCUGAACCCUCGGCGCAGGAUCCAAAUGGGGAUGAAGGGGGAGAAUGCAAGCUGCUCGGUCCCUUCUCCGUAUUUGUGCAAGUUGCCCUUGGUGGGCUCGCGUUACUAUCACUCGUUUUCAAAAGGUGGAGGGAGCGACCACAGCGCCCAGUGAAGGUGUGGGCAUUCGAUGUAUCGAAACAAGUCUUUGGUUCGGUCAUGCUCCACAUGCUUAACCUGCUGUUGUCGAUGUUUUCGGCGGGCCAACUGGAAAUUCGGAAUUCAUACAAGCCGAACCCAUGCUCUUUCUAUCUACUCAACUUGGGUAUCGACACUACCCUCGGUAUCCCUAUUUUGAUCCUCAUUCUCCGCGUCCUCAACUUCCUAGCUUCAUACACAAUUCUCGCAAACCCUCCCGAGUCGAUCGAGUCAGGAAACUAUGGCCAACCCCCACGCGCGACGUGGUGGCUCAAGCAGGCCAUCAUUUACUUUAUGGGACUACUCGGCAUGAAGAUCUGCGUCUUUUUCCUUAUUCAGCUCUUACCCUUCAUCGUCAAAAUCGGUGAUUGGGCCUUGCAGUGGACUGAAGGGAACACCGCUGUUCAGAUCUUCUUCGUGAUGCUUCUGUUCCCUGUCAUCAUGAACGCGAUCCAAUACUAUAUCAUCGACAUCUUUAUCAAGAAACCGAUCUCCCAGUACGCCGCAGAAGAUGCGGGUGACGACUCUGCCGCAGGAGACGAUGCUCAUCGCCGAGAGGCUCUCCUUGAUGGUCUGGAUGAGUCUUACUCAACUGAUUCAGAUGACGAAGGACCUGGAAAGCCUCAGCUCACCACCACCCAUCCAAAGACCGCCAGCGCUCUUCGCGAGUCGGAGCAUCUACUUCCCGAGGACCACUCACCAGUCCCUCCAUAUGAACCUCAUAGCUCAAGUAGUAGCCCCAGUGAGCACGAUACCAAGCCACAGUCAACUCACCUCUGA